AUGAAAACACGAUUAGAAAUCGAAGACAGGAUAUCUUCUCCAUAUGCCAAUCCAGAGUCAUAUCUAUUGAAGAGAAGAAGUGCCAAUCGAGCAAAAAGAAGGAGAGAAAUAUUGGACUUUGUUGAUGCUGCUCUAUAUCCAGAACAAGCCUCUCGGAAGUCAUCGCUCUUGAAUGAUUGGAUUGACGAUACGGAUACAGAAGAGAUUAUUCAAACAAGUCAAGGAUCCAUCUUCUUUUCGAACAGCGCCGAGAAGCAAGAGCAAACCCACCUUGUUUAUCCCGUCAGCGACAACGACCAUGAGGAGCCAGACGAGAAACUGCCGGACGAACAUGAUACAAACUACGUCUAUGAAGAAGAAGGAGAAGAAGACGAUGAUGAUGGAGCAUGGAUGUCGUCUAGAUAUGUUAUGCCUAAGUCUCAUCGAGCAAAAAGUGCCGAGAAGCAAGAACAAACCCACGUUGUUGAUUCCGUCAGCGACAACGACCACGAGGAGCCAGACGAGAAACUGCCGGACGAACAUGAUAAAAACUACGUCUAUGAAGAAGAAGGAGAAGAGGACGAUGAUGAUGGAACAUGGAUGUUGUCUAGAUAUGUUAUGCCUAAGUCUCAUCGAGCAAAAAGAAGGAGAGAAAUAUUGUACCACGUCGAUGCUGCUCUUCAUCCAGAAAAAGCCUCUCGAGAGGCGUUACUGCUGAAUCAUAGAAGAGACGAAAUGGAUAUUCGAAGAUCCAGUCAAGUCUCUUCCAUAAAUAUGGCGGGCAUCAUCUGUGACAACUACGCUGCGAAGGAAGAAGACAUCUUCGCAUCCAUCAGCGAUGACAACCACGAGCCAGGGGAGAAAAGUCCAGAAGAUGAACACGAUACAAACUUCGACUGUGAAGGAGAUGACGACGAAGAGUCAAUAUUGUAUGAAGAGAGCGAACCUUCUAUGUACGAUGAGAAUAUCGUGUUCGAGCAGGAACAAGACGUUUCGAGCAGCUCUUUUCUUGACGACGACGCUGAUGAUUUUUUGUACAUCAUCAGCGGUUCUUGCGAAGAAGAAGAACUCUUCUUCCGUGUAGAAGAAGACAUCAUCUACGAGUCAGAAGACGAUCUUGAAGAGAUCAUUCUUGCACAAGACCCACUCGAAACGAUCGUCGAAACCGGGGAAGAAGAGAGUGAUCAAGAAAGCACAGGGUUCGAUGAAGCUGUGGACGACGUCGAAACCUCCGAUCUACUAGUUACAAUUGUUGAAGAAGACAUUGAAAGAGACGAUGACUUUUUCCAAGAGCGUAUCCUUUACGAAAGUGACUUGCAAUCCAUCCUCAAACCUGAGACCAAGGACGAACCUGGUGGUACUGAGAGAAUUAGCUUCGUGACCGCUUGCGAAACGUUGGAAGCGGAUGAAAUCUCUGUGGAAUAUUCAAUUGAAGAGAUUAUACUUUUCGAUGAUGAAGAUCCUAGCUAUUCUGCAGCUCGGACUUUCAUUCACGAGACCAUCGAAUACGAAGCUUCUGAAAGCUCCAUCGACGAGUUUUGGCAAGAACCAGAGCAACCUGAGUCGCCACAAGACUGUUCGAAUUCCUCUUUCUGGCUAUCAGCAAAUGGAACAUUUGGGCAUGGAAUUUCUGAGCUCUCAAUUGAUGUAAAUGGGGAAGAAAUAUUAUGCCAACCUGAUGUCAGUAAGAUUGGAGAUAAGGCUAUUGAGCAUAGACCCUCUGAAGCGUCUUUCGAGGAAACGAAUCCAGUCUAUGAUAGUGGAAAUGGGGCAAAGGAACCACUGACUGGGAGUGACGAUGGAAAUAUUACUGACAAGACAGACGAUGACAUUAUGUGGUCUGAUAGCGAGUCGUGUGGCUGGGACACCUAUUCUCAAGCUGAUUUGCUGGCAGAAUAUGAAGAAGAUGCCCGCUUCCAAUUUCCGGUGCCUCAGAUUCCAGUUCUUAAGCUUUGGCAGCACAACCACCGGAAUACUCAGAUCCAGACUGUUAACCAAGAGGUGGAGGAGAACGGAUACUGCAAAAGCAUUGACGCCCUGGAGGCUGCAACGAGAACACCAAGGAAUAUCCUCAUUGCUAUUCUGGCGCAAGGGGAUUUGCAAUUCAAGCUUCGCAAGGUCCCAGUGGAACACAAGAACGAGUACAAGCCCAUUGCACAGUCGGCGUCAAGUAUAGGACGGCUCACCCGAUUGCAAGAGCAAGUGAUCGAAAGUAUUUCCUUGGAUGACAAUUCGUCCUCUCAAGAAGCAGAACAAUUUGUUCCUCGAAAGUCACCGCUGGCAAACACUCGAUCCUCUGGACAGCGCCUUUCGAUCGAAGCGGCAGCACUGGGGAAAAUAGUGAGGCGCCAAGAAGAGUACUUCACCAACUGGGACGAAGAGGAAGAAGGCAACGAGAGUCUGACCAACGAAACCGUCUUUUCCAAGAACACGGACGUAUUCGAACGCCGCAUUAGCAUAGACGAUGCACGAGAUGAUCGUGGUAUGCUUGUGCAGCGUACUAGUCUUCUCAUUCAUCAUCACGUCAGAGACUCACGAAUCGCAAAUAUGGAAAAAGACUGGGCGAUGGAGGAGUUCUUGGAAGAUGAAGAAAAAUACUCCAAUAACAAUCAUGAGCUCGACCUUCCAAAAAUGAGUCUACCCAAGUUCCAACUACCAAAGUCCGAGCGACGACUGUCGAGAGAGGAGAUGAUCGAGUCCCUCGCCAAAGGAGUCGCCGAAAAAUCAUGGGAACGAAAAUAUCGCUUGGAACGUCCCGGUGCUCAGCUUCGAAUGCAUACGGGAUGCACCUGUGUCUAUUGUUGCAAGAACAAACCAAGUCAAUCGCAAACACAUCAGCAUUGCUAUAAUGUUGUUACGUCUUGUACUGGAAAUGGUAUGGAAGAGGAACGAACCCCUCCAUCGCCUCUUGAGCAAGAUUCAAAACCAAAGGUUGCGCUCGACUGGAGUUGCGCUUUCAAUGGUUUCAGUUGA